UCAAUAUCAAACCCGCAACCGGGUUGUUGCGUCUAUGGAAGAAAUGGACCAUGUUCAAGGCCACCUCUUCUAUUGCAUAGGAUUUCCACAUCCAAUAUGUCUGUUGCCGGUCCCAUAUAAAGACUGUCUCUAUCGUCACUUCAAUUUUGCGCGGCUUGGCAUCCUUCCACAAUAUCCAACAAACCACGACAGGCCCGAUCUGUAUAGAUCGCCGUCUAACCCAGCAGAGUAUUUGACCCUAAGCUUAGUGUAUGCAUCAUUAUCAUACUUUCGAUAUGCAUCUUGACCUAGUGGUAUUACUCCAUGAAAGCCUUUCUAUGCCGUUGGCCAACUGAGGGUUUUUCCCAACGUCUCCAGGGACUUGCCCCUCAUGGAUUUCCCAGCAGGUGCGCUCACAAACUUCCGAGUUAUUGACGACUUCUUCGAUAUAUUCUGGAGAAUCUACUCCAUAGUAGCACCGGAAUCGGACGGGUCACAGUUUGGGCCCGUGGAAAGCUCAACUCUGAGGAACUCAAACGAAAUAUGGAGUUCCUUAUUUGCCUUGCGAAAUGCAGGCUGUCUUGUUUCACAGUUGGCUGAUAGACCCGAAUUAUGGAUAUUUUCCGCCAGCCCAGACUUUGAUGCCCUGGCGCGGGCGUCAGGGAACCACCAGCCUCGCGAGGGUCUGAUUGUUGCUGGGAAUGCAACAUUCCUAAACGUCGCAUCUGGUGUUAACACAGCAGCGGAGAUCAAACAGCAUCUACUAUCUGGUCCUAGUUCCAGCAUUUUUAACGGUGCGGCAACGCAGAAUAGGUUAUCACCUCACGUCGGUGAAUAUUCACAGUUGCAAAACCUUGCAACUUAUUCUGCUUUCCAUGAGGCUCUUUUAUCUUCUAUUUCCAAAACUGUCACCCUCCAAUUCACAAGACAACAAAAGGUAGUUCCACUUGGGACUCGAACUCUCUACGCUUCUCUCAAUGAGAACGAGUAUCAAGGCGGAGAGGAUUCACCACUUGCGCGAAAGUCUACACCAUUCCUUUCCACCCUUGAUAUAAACCUGACAUCUAAAGGUAGACUCGUUAUCUCCCUUAGCACUCUCCCGCAGCCCGGAUUGGAGCAGUUACAUCAUGAUUCAGAAUCUGAUAUAAUUGCUACCCGCCUGAACGAUGAUGUCUGGCUAGCGCCUUCAGGGACGCUGUGUAGGCUCACGUCGACUAGCGAAUAUCAAUCGAGUCUAUCAAAUGUGGUUUCCCCAGAUCCUAUGGGAACCACUCCACACCAUGCUGAACUGCCAGCUGACAAAAUAAAUGCUAAUAAACGAGAAUGGAAGAAAAAUGUGUCUGAAUGGCUCAAAAUGUUUGGCCUGCACCUAAACAACCCGGAAUCGGAGUUUUGGGUUGAAGUCGAAGUUAACGUAUCAGACCGACCGUUUUGUGACCUGUUUUCCAAAUCAGCGUUGAAUCACCAAAAAUCGUCUCCUUUUAUCCGAAUUUUAUGGCCCGGAAGACUAUGUUUCACUAGGUCGCGGUCUAAGUUGACCGCCCCUGCCAAUCCCACUGAGUUCUUCUCCGGCCAAUCUGAGAGCCCAUUGCAAUUCGCGGAAAGAUGGGUCAAAGAGGUUUGUUGGAUCAGCCAACCCAUCGAUAAACAUAAAUCCUCGGACGAUCAAAGUGGGCUCGAAAACCAACAGCUCAAACGCUCAGAACCAUCUCCCCUGAGACUUGACCGUUCAGACAUGCCAGAAAGCUUAGCAAGGACUAUUAACAUGCCAGAAGCACAACUUGCGAGCGCUGUAUAUCCCACCCCACCAGGUGGUGCACUCGCCCAAUAUAUGGGAGCAGGCAGCAUAUCUGAGAGACUUGGAACAUCUACCAUUGACACAUUAAGUUACGCACCUACCCAAACUGAAUCAAUCUAUAACGAGGCGGGUGGACCCACAACAUAUUUUCGUGGGAAUUCAGAGAUUUUGCCAACCGCCUUGGACCCGGCGUCAUCCGAACUUGGAAUUGGAUCGGGUCUUUAUGAUACUGCGGCUGACGAAGAAUUUUUUGGGGAUAUGGAUGUCGCGAACUUCGACACCAAGGGCAUUACGGAGGCAGAUUUUAACUUUUUCGAUGAACCCGACUUUACUGGACUGACCGACAAUCUUGAUAUGCAAACCGAGGAACCAGAGUUAGCGCAACAACAUGCCGAAUCGAAUUUAGCUACACCAUAUAAUUCUAAUACUGCAAUGUCGAUAGCAGAACCUAACCCAUCAAACACUAAUCAGGGUCACCUCAUAACAACUAAAAACGGGAAUGGCAGAAUCAAACACUCUGGCGUCAGCCCCUUGAAUACAACCGCAGCCGAGGGUCAAAUAUCCGAGGGAAUUACUCAGCCCCGUCAGCUUAUUCUAACAGAUGGCCUCAGGAGGCGGCCAAUGAGUCCGCCUCUUAGCCCGGUUCAAAUCAAAAAGAUCUUGUCUCCUGACGUAUCGUCACCUCUACCUUCGAAACCAUUGAAUUCAAAGAUCUCUAAAUCGUGUCCAGCAAAGAAUCAGUAUAGUCCCGUCAUAUUUCAGCCGACACUGUGGACCUCGGACAAAAAAUAUAGAAUGGAUGGAAGAUUUUGGUUCACCCCUGGAAGUCAACAUAUAACACGUAACUUGCGAAGCUAUCCAUCUGAUAUCCCAACGAUUGGCUUUCCACAAAAAGGAAAGAAUGUCAGACCGAAACCUCCGUCAAUCCAUACAUCAUCUGGCCCUCUUGUCUCUGAUAACGCCCCAGAGAUAGACUUACAAUCCCCAUCAACAUCAUCCUAUGGUUCAAGCGAUUAUGACAGCGACACAGAUCGUGGAUCGAACGCAAGUUCACCGCAUAUUAUACAAUUUCACUCGAAGAGAAAGCGUGAUUCUGAAGGUGGUGGAAAUUCUACGCCAUCACAUUUAGAAAGGCUUACACAAGCCUCUGAUGUGGACAAUGGGACCCUUAAUGAACAUGAACUCGCGUUAUUAAGUAUUUUCAUCUCUGGAGCAGUCGACUGGCCAUUAGCGGGAUACUUUUCCAGAAUACAAAACGACGUGUUUCCAGUGUUUUCGCGAAGAGAAGAUCUCCUCCAGACAGCGCAGUUGGUUGUUGACCAAGUUACUCAAUCAAGCUUCUGUCAUGUCCAUGAUGAUUUAUAUAUGCCGGAAUGGGUGGACUGGGACGAUGUACUGUCACAAAGUUUAUUUGACAACACCGAUGGCUUGGGUCACAUGUCUAAAUUGGAUUUGAGAAGUUACACAACUUUGGAAGACGGCUCUAAUCCGCGGAAAGAAGUCCCUUCUAUCAGGCCAAGUAUUCCCGGUUCUAUAUACAAGAUAUCCUCCCCUCAUGUUAAAGUUCACCGCGGAAACAGCUAUUUGGAAAUUUUACCGCCUGCCAUCGGCUUCUGGGAGACAUUUGGACUAGAGCCACUCCAAGGGGAAAAGAAUAUCAUACCCUUUUGUAUUUACCCCCCAAAUGUCAGUGAGGCAGCGGAUGCAUUCAUGGAGAGAUUGACCCUGGUAUAUUCUAGCGGCAAUUUUGGAAGCCAUUCUCGCCCAAAAAAGGCCAACGGACUAGUCCCAUGGAGUUUAAAUGCUGCUAGUGACCAGGAUUACGCUUCCCUCAUGCAUGCAUUAAAUGUUUCGUGCGAAAUCCUUGGAAGCGCUUUAUCAAACAUAUUAGCAAGUGACGAAAAUGUGGUGAUAUACAUCAUAAAUCCUUUCGUCUAUGAUGCGGCUAUCGUAGACAUUUGUUCGGCAUUUUUACGACUAUUUCACAAAUAUGUUGGUGAUGCUGACAGGCAGCACACUCGACGUCUCAACGAGCUUGUUCUUCAAAUAAUUCCAUUGGAAUUCAUUGCGUCACCUGAUUCCUUAGUUGUGCCCACUCAGACAGAUUAUCUCCGCUUGGCACUUGAGGUUUAUUCUCGCUGCCCACCAAAGGAUAGAUCUUCAGACUGGUUGGGGUGCGCCCCUCCUCUCGUGCUUGCGGAACCCGUUCCAAAAGUGGUGCCGUUUCGACUGGCGCCGGAAUCCAUAACACCGGUAGAAGAAGCCAAAUGCCUCCAUGUUGCUUACUCACAAAGUGUCGACCAACGCUGGGUAACAGCGGCAUGGACAGACAAUAGUGGUCGGCACCAAACCGCUCUUUCGUAUUGUCUUCGAGAGCGAAAUUCUCCAGUCUCCAGGCCUAUAUCAGAAAUCCGAACACAAAUUUGGGAGACGACCAAGGAUAUUAUGGACAUGUCAUCUUCACAUUGGCGAUUGAUCAUUGUGAAAGAUGAGCCAGUCGAUUCUGAGGAGAUUGAUAUGUGGAAAUCUCUACUGGAUCAGUACAAUCGCCACAAAGCCAUCAAAGUCGAAUUGGGCAUCGUCAGCGUCAACACAAAACCCGGCUUGUCCCUCAGACUCCCAUCAUCCCCACUUCAAUUCAGCGCUCUAAGCCAACAACCAACCCAGAACGGCCUGUCAACUGUAACACCAGGAUCUACCCCCCGACCUGUACCGUCUCCUGAUCCAUCAGGCCCUGCAGCCACUCCUCCGACAGCAACUACACCCAUGUUCGCGGACCAACAGCAAGCGACCCCACCACAACAACAACCACAACAGCUAACCACCGAUUCAGACCAAGAUACGAUUCUCAUCGACAAAUCAGACGAAACCUGGGGCGUAACACUCUCCCACAGACUCAACAGCUCCUAUUCCCUCACGAAAUACCAGCCCGCGCUUGCAAGCGGGUACCUACUCCGGCGUUCAGGGACCAGCGACACGGACGGACAGGCGGUAAUGACUGUUAAUGUAAUUUACACUAAUUCACGACGACCGAUCGACCAUUUGUUGAAGGAUAUCCUGCGUAUGUAUAGAGAACUCAUAACUUUGGCGAGGGUGAGGGGUAUCGUUCAUGUUCAAGGUAAUUUACCACUACCCUGGCAUAUCAUGACUGCGGUCAAGGGGCAGGAGGUAUUGUCUUAUACAUUGUAGUUUGGGGUGUUCUGUGUCAUUUUGGAUAUCCUCUUUUUAUUUCUGGAGUAUUUUACUUGCUAUAUCAUGGGCUUCUCAUUUGCUCAAUUUCCUCUGUUUUUCAUGGCAUUCUUCUUAAAUUUCUGAUUUUUUUU